CCCGCGCUUGCUUAUUCAUUCAGAGUGGGGACCGGCCAGCCCCGAGGGCCAGCAGUGCCGGGCAGCUCUCGCAAGGCCCCCAGGCGGCCCGGCCUGCCCGGUGCCCUGCAGAGCGCGCGCCUCGCGCGGCCCCGGGCACGCCCCUGCCCUGCCCUGCCCUGACCCCUGGGUCUCGAAAUGCUGUCAUCGGAGGAGCCGCCCCACUCGGGACCCGGCCAGGAUGGACAGAGCUAGAGCCGGGGCCGGCGAGCGAGCGUCCUGUCCUGCGGGCGGCGGGGAGAGCAGCCGGCGCGGGGCGCGGGGCGCGGGGCCCGGGCAGCGCGCAGCAUGACCGGCCGGCAGCUGGGGGCCCUGGUGUGGGGCGCGUGGCUCUGCGCGCUGGUGCGCGCUCAGCAGGCCGCGCCGGGGCCCGGCUCGGACCCGGGGCGCUGGCGGCAGCUGAUCCAGUGGGAGAACAACGGGCAGGUGUACAGCCUGCUCAACUCGGGCUCCGAGUACGUGCCGGCCGGGCCGGCGCGCGCCCAGGCUAGCCCGCGGGUGCUGCUGGCGGGCGCCCCGCAGCCGGCCCCGCGGCGCAGCCCCGGGGGCCCCCGGAGGCGCCAGGCGCCGUCGCUGCCGCAGCCCGGGCGCGCGGGCUCGGACACGGUACGCGGCCAGGCGCGGCACCCGUUCGGCUUCGGCCAGGUGCCCGACAACUGGCGCGAGGUGGCCGUCGGGGACGGCGCGGGCCUGGCGCGGGCGCGCACCUCCGUCUCGCAGCACGGCGGCUCGGCCAGCGUGUCGGCGUCGGCCUUCGCGGGCACCUACCGCCAGCCGGGCCCCUUCCCGCCGCAGUACCCCUACCCGCAGGCGCCCUACGUGGGCCAGUACGAGAACUACGACCCCGCGGCGCGCACCUACGACCAGGGCUACGUGUACUACCGCGGCGGGGGCGGCGCGGGCGCGGGCGCGGCGGCCGUGGCCUCGGCGGGGGUGCUGUACCCCUACCAGCCGCGCGCGCGCUACGACGAGUACGGGGGCGCGGGCACGGGCACGGGCGCGGGCGAGGAGCAGCCCGAGUACCCGCCGCCGCAGGGCUACUACCCGGCGCCCGAGCGGCCCUACGCGCCCGCCGACGGCCUGGACCGCCGCUACUCGCACAGCCUGUACAGCGAGGGCGCGGCGCCCGCCGAGCCCGCCUACCCCGACGCGGGCUCCGACCCCCGGCCCGACCCCCGGCCCGACCCCCGGCCCGGCUGGUACCCGCCCUACGCCAACGUGCCGCCCGAGGCCUACUCGCCGCCGCGCGCCGUGGAGCCGCAGCCCCCGUUCCGCGUGCAGGAGCCGCCCUACCUGCCCGUGCGCAGCUCCGACGCGCCCCCGCCGGGAGCCGAGCGCAGGGACACGCGCAACAACGGCGGCGGCGGCCGCCUGAGCGUGGGCAGCGUGUACCGGCCCAACCAGAACGGCCGCGGGCUCCCUGACUUGGUGCCGGACCCCAACUACGUGCAGGCGUCCACGUAUGUGCAGCGGGCGCACCUGUACUCACUGCGAUGCGCCGCUGAGGAGAAGUGUCUGGCCAGCACGGCCUAUGCCCCCGAGGCCACCGACUACGACGUGCGGGUGCUGCUGCGCUUCCCACAGCGAGUGAAGAACCAGGGGACCGCCGACUUCCUGCCCAGCCGGCCCAAGCACACCUGGGAGUGGCACAGCUGCCACCAACAUUACCACAGCAUGGACGAGUUCAGCCACUAUGACCUGCUGGACGCAGGCACGGGCAGGAAGGUAGCUGAGGGCCACAAGGCCAGCUUCUGCCUGGAGGACAGCACCUGUGACUUUGGCAACCUGAAGCGCUACGCGUGCACCUCUCACACGCAGGGCCUGAGCCCAGGCUGCUAUGACACGUACAACGCGGACAUCGACUGCCAGUGGAUCGACAUCACCGACGUGCAGCCGGGCAACUACAUCCUCAAGGUGCACGUGAACCCCAAGUAUGCUGUUCUGGAGUCCGACUUCACCAACAACGUGGUGAGGUGUAACAUUCACUACACGGGCCGCUAUGUUUCCACCACAAACUGCAAAAUCGUCCAAUCCUGAUCCCGGAGGAGGACGGCGGCCACUCACCCUCCCCUGUGGCCCUGUGGCCCCAGGCAGCCCCCCACCAGCACCAGCCUCCUCGAGGGGGCCAGCACCCCUCCCAGGCAAGGGCAGCUGGACACUGGGGCCCCUCCCCGCUGGCUCCAGGGAGCCGAGGAACCAGACCACAGGGGCCCAGCCGGACCCCCUUUGUACUUAACCUUCCUUUUCUCUACAAUGUUCCUUUGUCCGUUUUUACUUUUUAUAUUUUGGCCCCUACACAGAACAAGAGUGCCCGGGAUUGGGUUCUGAAUAAAAAG